UGCUGACUCGCUUCUUCGGAGCCAAGAUCAUCCAGUCACUCCUAGACAGGGAAAAUGGCUAGUCCGAGGAGCCGUAGGGCUUUAAUGGACGUCAAGAAAACCAAUGACAACAACCGUUGCUUCGAAUGUGGUACUCCAAACCCUCAAUGGGCCAGUGUGACUUAUGGUAUCUGGAUAUGUCUGGAGUGUUCUGGUAAACAUCGCGGUCUUGGCGUGCAUCUAAGUUUUGUGCGAUCUAUAAACAUGGACAAGUGGAAAGAAUUGGAACUGGAGAAAAUGAAAGUUGGAGGAAAUAAACAUGCGAGAGAUUUUUUCAGCAGCCAACCUGACUUCCGUGAUGAUUGGACGCUGCAAGAAAAGUACAACAGCAAAGCUGCGGCACUCCUUCGGGACAAGGUUGCCACUGAGGCCGCUGGUCAACCCUGGUCAGAAGAGACCUCCAAUGCCCGAAAUUUUCGUCCCUCCAUUCCUCAUGUACAUACCUCCAACGAGUUGUUGCGUACUUCACAAAGCUUUCGUUCUGACCCACACAACAAAAAUCAAUCACGUGAUCCUAAUCCAUCAGCAUCGUCUGCGGAUCGAUAUUCCGCGACAUCCGGUUCGUCUAGUGCAAUGAAUACUUGUUAUUCGGACCUGGAAACUUGGCUUCGAGAUUCGGAAGAUCUAUCAGCCCGGAGGAAUUCGUCCUAUCAGGCCGCACAAGGCGUUUCCGACUGGGCUAAUUCAGCUCAGCGUGGAAAAGGCAGCUCAUUUGAUACGUCGCACUCAGGAACUGACGUCUACAGCAGCAUGGCAAAUACGACUUGGCAGUCUGGCUGGGCCAUGGUCACUCAGAUCGCCUCGGCAGCAGCAAAACGUACCAGUGAGUUGGCCUCGCAAGCCACAGAGAAGACCAAGCAACUCACUCACGUGGUCCAGGAUAAGGUCAAGGAUGCAAACCUGAUGGAUGCACUCUCCAAAGGAGUUGACAGUGUCACAGCAAAGCUACAAAGUGUUCGUAUGCAAGGGCUUCGGGGCCUCGAAUCCUACAUGGGCACCAGCGGAUCGCAAUACACCAUCGAAGUUGGUCAAGAACCUGAAUUUAGAGGCGGCUCUUCGGUUGGCCAGUAUGGAUCCACCGCCCAGGGGAUUCCUAGCCCCUCCGGUCAGAAAGCAGCUCACUUCUACACUGAUGUCGAUGAGGAUUGGAAAUGGGCUGAAGUGAAAAAACCUGAAAACGAGGAUUCUAAAGGCGACUGGGAUACACCGGGUAGUGGAAACGGCGCUGAAGAGAAUGAUGACAGCUGGACUGCUCUAGAAUGGGACUCUGUGGACCCUGCGCCAACCGAAGACAGUCGUAUAACCUCUCGUCGUUCUGGUAAUCCAGGCCGAAAUCGCAAGGACAGCUGAUUUCACUACCCACUGUCCGACGAUCCUUUUGUAAUUCUAUCUCAUAUUAGUCCUCUCUGGAACCUGUCAUCACAAUCAUGUACGUUGUUGUCAAAGGUUGCCGUUAACAGCGGACGUUAUCGCCCGGCUUUGCUUCUCCUUCUACUUAUGUUUUUAUCCUCUCCAACUGAUCGAUCACUUUGUUGGGUAAUAAUUCCUUUAUUCUUCAUCGAUAUUCCUAUUGUGAUAUUCUUUUUUGUCCCUCGCUUUGUCCUCUUUUUUGAUAAUCGAAUAACGUGCGCACGCACGCACAGGUGAACAGACUGGUCGAUGGUUGACUUUGGUGGGACGGCUGUUUACUUUAUUGGAGAAGAACCUGGACGCAUUUUGCGGUGGAGUCAUCCUCUUUUAUUCCGAAUCAAGAUACUGUGUAACUGCCGCGUUCUGUUAGUUUUUCAGAUCCGCACACUUGACGGUCGUGUAUCUGGGUCGGUCUAGGAAACACCUCGUAUCCUAUCGAUUUUUUGAAUUUAACUGAAAUAUACUCUUGAGG